GCUUUCGUCUCAAUUCGUGAUUUGUAUUCGUUUUAUCGUCCUCGUGAUUUUGUCAGAAUCUUCUCGGAUAUUUCUUCAAUUAGCUUCCAUGUGUAGAAGAAUCAGAAGCUUUGUGCUAUGUCGGUCAAUUCAAUAAUCUGUUUCCCAAAUUUUCUACCUAAUUCACUUUCUCUGGCUAUUUCUUUAGAUGUCUCCAGCAACAAAGUCAAAGUCUAAAGAUAAAAAAACUGGAAAAGAAGCUCAAAAGGCAUCACCAAAGCCUACACUUUCGGUUAAUGGGAAUAGCAGCUUAGGAGCUAGUGCGUAUAAUCCUCUUCUAGGAACAUUUCAAGCUCUCGAUUCAGUCUCGAUAGCUUCUGUCUCACCGCUACAGUAUGGUCGUUUCCGGAGUAUAGAUGAAGCAGAUGUAAAUGGGAUUGAGUCUGAUUCUGUUUCGAACAAUGGUAGCUGCUCGGGCGAGUCAGAAGAUCACAAGGAGAAAACAACUAGUCUGCCCCUCAAGCAGGAGGUGAUACCAGGUGCAGACAAUGACAAGCGAGAAAAAGUUCGUCAAAAGAAUGAGAGAAAACAUCAACGCCAGAAGGAGAGGAGGGCUCAGGAGUUGUAUGAGAAGUGUAGCACAUAUCUCAUUUCUAGAAAGCUUGAAGCCCGUAUACAGCAACUUGUAGCAAUGGGGAUAUCUCAAGAGCAUGCAACAACAGCAUUGAUGAUGAAUGAUGGCAAAGUAGAGCAAUCUGUUCAUUGGUUGUUUGACAGGGGUGAGGAAGAAAUAGAGAAGCAAAGCGUUCAGAGUCCUGGGAAUUUGAAAAUAGACAUUACAGAAGAACUAGCUAGGAUUACACAAAUGGAACUACAACUUAAGUGUACAAGGCAGGAAAUAGAGCGUGCGGUUGUUCAAGCCGAGGGUGAUUUGGACAGAGCAGAAGAAGUCUUGAAAGGCACAAAGUAUGAAGAGUUUUCUGUGCCAGUGAAACUAGAAGAAUCUGGUGAUUCUCUUACACCCAGUAAUGGUAAACUUAUAGUAGGAAUAGGUUAUCAGAAUUCGGAUGCAGAAAGGCUAGAAAUUCCGUCACCUGGCUUACAUCCAACAAGAGAUGACAAGAACUUUAACUAUACAAAAUCACCCUCCACAACGGAAUCCGUGAACAAAAUGAUGGCUCAGCCUAUGAAACGAUCCGAACUGAAGUUAGAUUGGCCAAAACCUCAGCAAUCUGCUGCUUUGGCUGAUAAAAAGUGGCCAAGCACGGGACAGGUUCCUUCUGCUUCUUACUCUUUGCCAUCAUCGCCAUCGCCGUCACCUCAGCCUGCUGUGAGGGUUGAAGCUCGCUAUUUAGCUAGUGGAAAUGAAUUUAAGAACCCCCAGCAGCAGCAGCAGCAGCAGCCAGGAAAUAGAGAAUCAGUCAUGGUGAUGAGGCAGCGGCCACAAGUUGUAAGCUCAAAUCCUGUUCCAACCUCAAGCAUGAGCGCACCCCCUACCAGUUGGCAUCCUACAGCUAGCAUAGAGAUAAUGAAGUCAAAUGGGUUCAUGCAAACACAUAAUAUCCCUAGUGCGCGAAGCCCGAGUCCAAACCAUCUGAAUCCAAAUCAGAUCCACCAGCAACUUCAGUAUCAAAACCAGAAGCGAUUCACUUACAACAACCAAGUGGAUCCACAUGGUAGUAUGGCCAGAGGGAAUGGCGGGUCAUGGACCAGAAACACAGCAUCAUCUCCACCCAUAUCUGCUGCGUCUUCACUGGGAUUAUUUUCUGCUGUUGGUUCAGCCGGAACAUCAGGUGCAUCCUCACCAGUAGAUUGGAUCUCUGGCGGUUCAGUGGACUACACAAGCAUAGACUGGAGUCUAGAUCAAGGUUUAUCCCAAAAUAGUAGAAACUGGUCAGGGUUAAAGAGCAGCAGCCACAUAUAUGAUGCAAACAUGAACCGGUACAGUCCAAAUGGUUCCAUGGGAGGUAGAGUCAGCAACAGCAACAGUGUAUCUAUGGAGAAUGCGGGUGUUAGUGUUGUCGUGGAAACACAACAAGCAGCUACCUCUCAAGAUUGGACUUCACCAUUUGAAGGAAAAGAUAUAUUUAGCUUGUCUAGACAAUAUGUGUCUCCUUCUCUGUAAGAGCAGAGGAGUUACAUAUGGAAAUGAAAGUAAUAAAACAAA